ACUGAAAAGAAAGGCUCUGUAAAACCUAACCUGAAACGGUUCGCAAAGCGCAGCAAAAUCCUAAAACCCCCCCAAAUUGAGCUUAAUCUCUCACUCCCCCUCUUUGAUGGCAACGUCCCUUCUGAAAGCCCCAACCAAUGCACUCCACAGACACCACAAUUACACCACACUCUUCUCCAGAGGCCCAAGUGCAAGGAACACUGUUCCCAUUACGCAGAAGAAGACAUCUCGUUUUUUCCCUAUAGUGUCAAUGGUAGCAACCACGCCGGUUCAGACUUUCCUUGAAAAGUCUUCGCUUUCGCUCCAGAACACUGGUCUUCCAAUAAUGGUUAAUGCAUGUACUGGAAAAAUGGGAAAGGCUGUGAUUAAUGCAGCAGAAUCAGCUGGCCUGCAUGUUGUUCCUGUGUCAUUUGGGUGUGAAGAGGAGUCUGGACAGACUUUUCAGAUCUCUGGAAAGGAGUUUCUUGUGCACGGUCCUUCUGACAGAGAGAGUGUUCUUGCAUCUGUCCUUGAGAAAUAUCCAAAUUUGAUUGUUGUGGACUACACAGUACCAAGUGCAGUCAAUGGCAAUGCAGAAUUAUACAGCAAGGUUGGGGUGCCGUUUGUGAUGGGGACCACUGGUGGAGAUAGGGACUUGUUGUAUAAGACUGUUGAAGACUCAAAGAUUUAUGCUGUGAUAUCCCCACAGAUGGGAAAGCAGGUUGUUGCUUUUCUUGCAGCUAUGGAAAUUAUGGCAGAGCAAUUUCCUGGAGCAUUCUCUGGGUAUUCCUUACAGGUAUUGGAGUCCCAUCAAGCAAGCAAAGUUGAUGCAUCUGGAACUGCAAAGGCUGUGAUUUCUUGCUUCAACAAACUGGGUGUGUCUUUUGACAUGGAUCAGAUAAAAUUUAUCAGAGAUCCCAAGCAACAAAUUGAAAUGGUGGGAGUCCCAGAGGAGCAUUUGUCGGGUCAUGCAUUUCAUAUGUAUCAUUUGACAUCCCCCGAUGGAACAGUUACAUUUGAAUUUCAACAUAAUGUUUGUGGUAGAUCAAUAUAUGCAGAGGGCACUGUUGAUGCUGUAAUUUUUCUUGCUAAGAAGAUUGAAGCAAAGGAUGACAAGAGAGUGUAUAAUAUGAUAGAUGUUUUGCGAGCGGGUAAUAUGCGAUGAAUUUUUCUAUGGAAUCUGGAUGCAAGAUGUCAACUGUAGAACUUGCUUUUUGACAUUCUGGUUUUUGAGAACCAACCAUUUUCCAUCUUCUUGCCGUUCUCUGUCGGGAAAGCUUUGUGAGCGUAAUGUACCAUCAUGUAUUAUUUGGAAUCAAUCAUAACUACAUAAAAUAAACAAGGAGCUUUCUGGAAUCAAUUUCAACCUUUUCGU